AUGGUUAGUGGAAUAUAUGGCAUUUAUCUUGAAGGAAGCGGAAGGUUCGUCGACGCUUACUGCGACAUGGACACAGCUGGCGGUGGAUGGACAGUUAUUCAGAGAAGAAUGGAUGGUUCUGUUGAUAUCGAUAAAACGUGGGCAGAGUACAAGAAGGGCUUCGGGAGCGUUUCAGCAGAACAUUGGCUUGGAAACGAUAACAUUCACUUCCUGACGAGCCUGAAGACCUAUCGGCUUCGGAUCGAUCUUGUCGAUUUCUACGGGAACACAAGUAACGCCACUUACAAACCUUUUCGUGUCGGCAACGAAUCAGUGAAUUAUAAACUGGAGAUCGGGUCUUAUUCAGGAAGCGCAGGAGAUGCUCUUCGAGUUCACCAUGGAAACGGAUUUACUACCAAGGAUCGAGACAACGAUUUAUGUAUUCACAAUUGUGGCGUCCUAUUUAAUUCAGGGUGGUGGUUUAGAAAGUGUCUUACGAGUAACCUAAACGGGAUCUACACGGACAUCGGGUUGAGUACCAAGCAAUAUGAAGGUCUAGCAUGGACGACCUGGCCAGAUACAUAUUUCAUAACAUGGACUGAGAUGAAAGUACGCCCUCUCCGGGAGGAUUAAACAGCAUAUUAACGACAAACGUGGGAGAUGGACGCAUCGCGCGCAAGCGUUGUCUAGCUCGUUUCUCUUUGGUUAUUUUGCAGCCACCAUAUGAGCAAUUUUUCAAGUUUUAGCCGCCAUGUUUAGCCUAGAGCUUGAUCAAAGUAAUGUUCUUAUCUUGUAUCUAAAAUUCGUUCUGUAAUUUAAUGUCGUACUGGCAACUGCUGGCUCCGACGCCAGCUUUUCAGCCGCACUCGCGCCUGCAAUUUGAAGCCGCCUCGAGAUCAUUUGGCUACACCUCCUGACACACAUUUUCCGAGGCCCGCAAUUGUCAUGAUUGUGUUUUUGCAAUAAAACCAGCUUCAUGACAUAUAUUUACGAGAUUCAAGUCACCCGACUUUUCGUGUUUAUUUUUCUUGCACUGUGCAUUAUCUAAAACUAUUGUAGGCCUACGCUAUUUCUAGUUCAUUGGUGAAGCCGGCCUGAAUCCUCUGGGCGUGCUAGACAUUCAUUCAUGACUCUCUUAAAUUAUCUCUUAUAACCGACUCUAAUUGACAAACCCUUAAUCAUAAAAAAACACCAACCAUCCUUCCCCGGUUUGGUCGCUUCGCUCCCUCGACGAGGAUCUCAAAAUGUAACGAAGUUAUGAACCCUUCAAGUGUCUGUCCUCUGCAAAGCAAACAAUGACAACAACAACAACAAUAAACAAACAAACGAAACUAAGUGUUCCUGACCAGAGCGCCUGCACGGAGAGAAUAAACGAACGCUUAAAAUUCGUAGUUGUCGGUCAAUUUGGUCGAGGUUUCGUAAGUGCAAUAGCGCCAUCUUCUAGAUGAAAUCUGAACUUUCAUGUCGCCCUUGGCAGAAAAACAAGGCGAGUCGCUAUAUACUCAGUCAUUCGCUUCUCAGUGAUCAGAUACAGACGUUCGGAGUUCGAAGAAGGUUGUGGUUAGAUCGUUUAUAUCGUUAAUAAUGAUGCGAUUACUAUGGUGGUGGUGGUGGUGGUGGUGGUGGUGGUGGGGAUGAUGAUGAUGAUGAUAAUGAUGAUGAUGAUGAUGGUGGUGAUGAUGAUGAUGAUGGUGGUGAUGAUGAUGAUGAUGAUGGUGAUGAUGAUGAUGAUGAUGAUGAUGAUGAUGAUGAUGAUGAUGGUGAUGAUGAUGAUGAUGAAGAUGGUGGUGAUGAAGAUGAUGAUGAUGAUGAUGACGAUGAUGAUGACGAUGAUGAUGACGAAGAAGCUGACAAUGAAGACGACAAUGAGGAGAAACUGGGAAUGUAAUGUGGUUUCCUACGAAGGUGCACAUGCAUAAUACUAUCCGUAGUGAGAAUGAUGAUGAUGAUAAUGACGAUGGUUGUGAUGGUAAAACAGGAACAUAAUAUAAUUUCCUGCGAAAGUUCCAAGGCGUAGUGCAAUCCGUUAAAGCAGGAACGUCUUUGAUCAAAUAUAGUUGUGUAAAAUGCUGUGGCGAUCAAAUGCAAAUUUUAUUUUGAUGUAACGUUUUGUCUAAGUUUGUCUUGUUAAGGACAAUCUAGUUUAUUUUGGCGUCGUUUGAGAUACGUAACAAAGUAUAGAAAACUAUUUUACCUCCCCGCUGACUAAGUAGUCUGGUUACUAUAUCAUUUAUUUACUGCUUAUGAAUGGCCUGAAAAUCUUUGUAUACGUACAUUUCUAGUCAUAUUGAAUUAUUUUAAUAUGGUUGUAUAAUAUAUUUUCAUCCAACAGCUCUAAUUCACUGAAUCUUUGUAAAAUAUUUCACCGAUAUGCAAAUUAGCUAUGUUAGGCAAGGCCCAUACGGGUAGGCGCGUUAAUUAGCGUCACUUUAGCGUGACUUUGAAACAGAGGGUCGUGGGUUCGAAUCCCAGCCAUGGCGUAAUUUCCUUCAGCAAGAAACUCAUCCACAUUGUGCUGCACUCAACCCAGGAGGUGAAUGGGUACCUGGUGGGAAGAAAGUCCUUGAAUGCUUGAGCGCCCUAGCAGCUCAACUAAAGCCGGGGUAAUGAUGAUACCAGGGCCCGCUGGUAGAACAGUUUUUGAAACCGAAGUGGCUACCCUGGGUAAAUAUACCUAUAUUAUUGUUAUUGUUGUUAUUAUUAUUAUUAUUAUUACUUGCAUCUUAUUAGCCAUCGAGAGGGGUUGUCUUUUUGGCUUUACCAAGGCCGUCCAGUUUGUACGUGGCAAGCUUUACUCCUUUAUAGCCCAAGCCACGACAAACGUCAGAAUUGCCGGUCUGCAGUGAUCAACUCUAUGCAUAUCCUCCCCAUGACCAUAUAGGGUGAGUUUUAUUUAUUGAACAAUUCUUUCAUAGCGCAGUUUAAGAUUAAUUACUAUGUCUCAUGUAUUUAGGAGUAGGAAACUAUGAAUUAUACAUUUUUAUGUAAUAGAAAGUAAAGUAGCAAUACUCGUAUUGAUGUAUUUUUAUAAAAGAAAUACAGGUGAUAGCGAUUUGUAUUAUAAUGCCAAUUACACCUUAUUACAUUUGGUGGAUUAUCAAAUCAAUGUGAUAUACUGGUUAAUUUGUUUUUUCAUGGAUUUAUUUCUUCGAGUUAAUUAUUGAACUGCAUUCCAAUUUACAGAAACAUUCGCAUUUUUUCUUGACUGAUGCCAUCCAAUAGUAAUCACUUUAUGACGAUGAACUUAUAUUUCUUUGUAUAUUUCUGUACAAUGCAGGGGGUUUCUUUGGUUUCUACUAUAAAAUAAAUCACCACCCAAUGAACGU